AACAAGAAAGCAAAUAAACUGCCUCUUGUGGGGCGUCACAUCUUGAAAACCUCCUCUCCAUCAAACAAACCCAUCCAGGUUUUUUUAUUGUUGACGUGUAAGAGUAGUUUGCAUCAGCUUUGGCAAACACACAUUCAGUUUUGUUUGUUUGUUUUUGUUUUUAAUUUAUUAUUCAUUUUCUUUAUAAAAGGUUUCUAUUCAGGAACUUUCACAUUUUCUAGCUGAAAUGCAACACAAAAAACAUCUUAGAAAUCUCAAUACUGUCAUGAAUCCAUUUUUUCCAGUCCUCUUUAUUGUCUCCUCGGCAAUUUCCAGGGUCGGAGCACAGUCUUUAUCUAGUCCGUCUGAUGGGUCUUCAACUAAUUUCGAGCCAAGUCUGGCGAUUAUGGUUGGUAUUCUAGGAAUCAUGUUUUGUUUGACAUUUAUCUUCCUCAUAUACGCCAAGUGGAGUCAAAGUGGGCUCCGAUCAUUCUCCUUCAUCCACGGUGAUAACAAUCCGGCGGGACUUAACAACUCGCGGUCCAGGUUUUCUGGUAUUGAUAGAACAGUUAUAGAGUCGCUUCCUUUCUUCAGGUUUUCAUCACUGAAAGGAUCAAAACAGGGGCUGGAAUGCUCUGUUUGCCUGUCGAAAUUCGAGGACGUUGAAAUCCUCCGGCUGCUACCCAAGUGCAAACACGCCUUCCACGUUAACUGCAUCGACCGGUGGCUUGAGACGCACUCCAGCUGCCCCCUUUGUCGCCACAGGAUCAGUGCCGACGACCCAACAAUCUUCGCUUACUCUAACAGUCGCCGGUUCCUGUGGAGUCAAUCUCAUCGAAGAGAAGACUCCAAUAUCGAACUUUUUGUUCAGCGAGAGGAAGACCGUCCAGGAUCCACCAGAUUCAAUUGCCCGGAACAGGAUAAUCAGAAGAGUCUGCAUAAAUUCAAUCACAGGAUCAUUGUUUCAGACUUUGUUUUCAAGAACAGAUGGAGCAACCUGAGUUCAUCAGACAUGAUGCACUUGAAUUCCGAGAUGCUUAACGAAAUUUCCAGCAAUAGAUUUUCUUCUUCCCUUGAAGUUACCGGACAGUUUCCGGUGCCGGUGAUAGAAAACGAACAGAGCGUGAAGGUCAAGGAGGAGAUUGAGAUGAAAAGAUCAUUCCAGACAAAUGCAAAUUUGAUCAACGAAACCAGACCCAUUCUUCCUUCCACAUCAAAUUCAACAGCAAGUUCGAGUAAAAAUCAAACAUCGAGGAUUAUAAUGAAUCAAAACGAGAAAAGAUCCAUGUCGGAAAUCACAGGUUUUUCCAGAUUCCGAGGUUUGGGGGUGAUGAACAGAACAGGUGACUCUGCCUCAGCCCUGUCGGCAACAGAUAUAAAGGAAGACAGAAUCCGGCAGCUAUGGUUGCAAAUUGCCCAGAGAACGGUUCAAUGGUUUGCUAACGGGAAAAGAUUGUCUCUAAAAUCCCAGGAUACAAUACAGCAUUUAGAUGUGUGAAAUUAAUGUUCUUAUUAUUUUUCGUUUAACCUUUCCCACCAUCUUGUUGAAUUUGGCCAAUAUUUUAAGAAAUGAUAUAGAUACAA